CCAGGGAAUCCUUUCCCUUCUUACCCCAUGGGUCGUUCUGGCGGCUAAUCAGCACGUGUAGACAAGACGAAAACAACUAUGCCAUUUGUCAUACCUUCACACCACAUAACAACUGAACUACGGAGUCUGGCAUUCUGAAUUUGGCGUAGUAUGUAUGAAUUGGGCUCGAUCACAAGUCGAGAUAGAUGGCAUUCCCAAAGAAAAAGACUUUUUCACAGGAGCAUUUUAAGCCACUCCCUGCAACAACUUCUGCUUAUCAGAUGCAGCUUCAAAGUGCGCUCAACAUGGCGUCAUGCACUGGGGAGAAGACUUGGUUCGAGCCUUCUGUUUCAUGGCGUCAUGCCCUAAUCAUUGUCGGAGUAUUUUCAGGUACAACGAUAAGCACUCACACCACAAUGACAGCUCUCAAGCCGAAGAAGAGAGACAAGCACAGAAGGGGUGAGAACCCGCCAAUUGGGGAAGGUUGCUGUGAGCCCCGUCAGGUUGACGUCAGUCAAGUCGCCCGAGGGUCUAUUAGUAAUUGAACCGCCAUGAAUAAUCAAUGUCCCAACUAGUUAUAUCGAUCAUGUAAAGGCAAGGCAAUGAUAACAAUAUAUGAUUUGAUUAUACUAGUAAGUUGCUACCGCAUUUCCCCGGAUGUUUAG